AGCUACUUGUAUGUUUUUCUAUUAAAAUGCAUAAAGCUUCAUUUUUAACACUGCUCUGUACCGUGUGAAUUCUGUCACAGCAGUGGAGGCGGAUUCUGGCUGUUUGUUUUAAGAGGUGGGGGUGAGGGAAUAUCCAAAGGAGUUCAAACGCGGACAGCACGACUUCUGCAGCAGUGCAUUGGGUCGUGCCGUUAUGUGCCUGCGAGGGUCAGUUGUUCAGAGGUGAAUUCUGCUCUUGCUCAAGCAACAGUAAAUCAGUUUUGCAUCAGUCUACAUCAGCUUUAUAAAAGCAGAGCAAGAAUAAAAUUUAGCCCAUGUAUGCCCAUUACUGUAGCUUAUUUCAAAGAGUGGUGCUUUGGUCAAGGUGCUGCUUGCUUUUUUAAUGAAAAUGGAAUUUUGUCAGCAACAUUAUUUUUUGGAGAAUGAGCCUCCUUUGGGCCAUUUGCCUUGAUACAAAUAACUAAAAGAAAAAUCAACUUAAAAAUAAUUAUUAUAUGUGGCCCUCUAUGAGCAACCUUGGUUGUGACAGCGGGCAAGGGCAGGCUGCUCUCUGUUCUGGAGUUCAUCUUGGGGAUGUUCUCUUGAAUGUUCAGGGCUGGAGACCUCCUUUGGACGAGGAACUGGCCCUUUUCACAAGGCAACUGUUUAUCUCUCAGGAACACGAGAUCAUGAGAGGAGUGGGAAAUCCACAUGUGGCUUUAGCACACACCAAAUGGCAGAGAGGCUUGCUUCAAGGAAGAGUAGCAUGUGUGACAUGUACGCGUGGUCCUGGGGAUGUAGAAGAUAAAUAUCUGGGUGCUGGUGAGCAAUGCAGACGCUUUUCUCCUUGAGCAUUUCUGUGAACAGCAGCAUGCUUUUGCAAGUGAUACUGGGAUGUGUAAAAGCGUGUCCUAAAGCUUGUCAAAAUGCCUCAGUUUUUAGGGCUGGAUCUGUUCAUCUCAUCCUUCCACGCACCAAAUCCUAAAGCAGCCUAGGUGGGAGCUGUGUGAAGGCUUCCUUACUGGCCCAUUACAUGGAGAGGCUUCUUCGAAGUGCCUGGUGACGUACAUGGCCGGGGGCAGUGGUUGGAUGUGGUGGAACAAGUCUCCUUCCAUGCUAGGACUGGACUUCUCAAACUCUGAAGUUGUGACCUUGGUCACCUCAGAAGGUGCUGCCGCCUGCCCUUGGCAGUGCUUCCUUCUGGCGGGCUACCUCGUGGGCUUCUAGCAAACGAGGAAUGUUCUCUGUUAAAAUGUGUUUUCACUUUCAUAAAAAGUGUUGCGGAAAAAGCUCUGUGGCAGUACUGAUGAAGGAGAAUGAGUUGCAUUGGUUUUAUUUUUGGAGUUCGCUAAAUGUCUGCUAAAAUAUGUAAUGGUACUGGUACCACUCUAAUGAAACAGAUACCCAAGGAUGUGGCUGACAUUUUUAAUGAGCCCAGUGACAAUGAAGAUUUUCUGGGGUUCCAAGAUGAUGCUUCCAGACAGAGGUUGUUGUCAGAGGACGAAUAUGCUAGUUUUGAUUCCCUGGAGUCAGGAAAAAAGGGGGUUCAAUUUCAGUCCAGAUACCUUACUGAAGAACUGCGGAGGAUUUUCACUGAAGACACUGACUCUGAAACGGAAACGUUUGAAGGUUUUGCUUCAAGCGAGGUGGAUGUAAACAAGAAGGGAGUUCUGGUGGUGGAGUCGGACCUGAGUGAUGAAGAACAUGAGAAAUUAUUAGCUAGUGAGGGAGAAGAGGAGGAAGAGGCAAAGAAGGAAGUUUCCCCCAAGAGAAGAAGCUUUGGCCUUCGUGUUGCCUUGCAGUUUCCCACCAGAAAGUCGUCCGAGAAAAAAGUGCCUGAACAGGGUUUUUCUAACUUACCUCUGAAGGACAGCGAGUCCCUUACACCUCUUUCAAAAGAAAUAAGCUGCAAGCAGUGGGACAAACUAGAGGGCUCUGCUUCAGAGUCUGAAGAAGACAUUAAAGAAACACAGGAGGAAAGUUCCAGUGCUCUGCUUAAGAGAGCCAUGAAUAUUAAAGAAAAUAAAGCCAUGCUUGCUCAGCUGCUGGCAGAACUGAAUUCCAUACCUGACCUAUUCCCGGUGAAAACGCCCACCUCUACUCCUCCGAAACAGAAGAAGAUCCCAAGGAGGACACUUUCUGAAGGCCAGAUAACACGUCGCAUGAACCCAACCAGGAAUGCUCGUCCACCAGAAAAAUUUGCCUUGGAAAAAUUUACUGUGUCGGCUGUCAAAUUUGCAGAACACUUCGAUACCUACAGUCAACAAAACCUCCUGAAGAAGAGACUCAGUGUGCAGGGGGAUUGUGGAGUGCGCAAAAGGAGGAGAUCAUCAAAGUACUCGUCUCACCGUCCAGUAGAGGAUAUUACUGAGGAGGACUUGGACAACAUUGCAAUCACUGUUAAAGACAAGAUCUAUGACAAAGUUCUAGGUAGUACUUGCCACCAGUGUCGACAAAAGACAAUUGAUACAAAGACAGUCUGUCGCAACCAGGGCUGUGGAGGAGUAAGGGGGCAGUUUUGUGGACCGUGUCUUCGAAAUCGAUACGGGGAAGAUGUGAAAUCAGCACUGCUUGAUCCAGCCUGGAUCUGUCCUCCUUGUCGUGGGGUGUGCAACUGCAGCUACUGCCGCCGGCGGGACGGGCGCUGUGCCACGGGCAUGCUCAUCCACUUGGCCAAGUUCUGUGGCUACAACAACGUUAAGGAGUACCUGGAAAGUUUACAAAAACAACUGGCGGAUGACAAUUGAGAACACUGAAUUCAAGCUGUGUCUGCAACUGGUCAAUCUGCUGACAAAUUUUAACUUUGAAAGGAUAUUACUAUGUUUUAUAUAAGAUAGAAUUGUAGAGUAUAGUAUAUGCUUUUCUGUGUUACAAACUUUUUGAUUUAUGUGGUCUUAUGCAAAAGAUCUCUCAGGAAAAUGUUUUGGUAGAGAAAUCUACAUGCACAGACCUAUACAUUAAAUGAAAUGGCACUCUUGAACCUUGAGUGGUUAAUUUUUAAUAGAGCUACACAGCCACGUGAUGGAGAACUUGAUCAAUCUGAGCAAUAUUUUUAUUUAUGUAAUUGUGCGAGUUUGCAGAAAGGGUGUUUAACAACUCCCGAUAAAGCGUACCCUGUCUUUAAAGAAACAAAAAUCCCCUUGUGUUCCAACUUGAACAUAAAGAUUCAGUUUUCCAAGAUUCAGUUUUCCAACCUUUGCAUUCUGAACCUAUUCCUCCACCUGUAGUUUGUGGAACUUGUCCCUGCAAAAAAGGGAAGGGUACUUUUUAUCUGAAUGCUAUUAUAUUCCAGCCAAAGCCGAUGCAACCUACCUGUGGGAGGAUGAUUUUUUUUAUUCCAAAGUGCAAUUAAUGACUGAAACAUGAAAGUGAAAGUGUUUUGUAAAAAAAAAAAAAAAUUAAAAAUUUUAAACAUCAUCCCA